AAAAGUUUUGUAAUAAGUGAAAGUGAAGUCUGAAUCUCUCACAACGCACAGCGCACCUCGACACACUCCGAGAUGGGUGCAUCACAGAGCGAGUUUUCGAACAGUUCCAAAGCAGACCUGGUGUCGCGGAUCAAGGCUAGAGUGGAAAAUGCGGACAAAAGCAAAGCGAGAGAAGUCGGGGGCGUUUUCCUGUUUAAUAUUAUUAAAGGCACAUCUGUAUACUCUUGGACAAUGGACCUCAACCAAGUGAUCGUGUACGAAGGGGAGCCAGAAGACGACCCAGACACCACGUUCACCCUCAACGAACACUACUUCAAACAGCUGGUGCAGGGCAAGGAGGACCCCAGGGUGAUCAUGCAGGCUGGCCGGUGUUCCGUCACUGGCGACAUCAUGAGAGCAAUGAAACUUGAGCCGUAUAUCAAGCUUAGUUAGGAUCAGAAUUGGAGGCAUUGGUUUUGUAACAUUUAAGGAAAUUGAGAAAUGUACAUGUAACAUUUAUUUUACGAUCAAUAACAUUAUAGGUACGGAACUGUUCUGUGAGAUCCCAAAUAAAAUAAAAAAU